AAUGUCCAGCAUCGUGGUGUAUCUUUUCUUUUGUGCUUUUUGGAUAACUAUAUUUAACAAUGUGCAACUCACAAAAACGGAAGAUGUUCUGGAUAAGAUAAAAACAGGAUUGCAAUAUGCAAGUAAUUAUCUCGAAACAGCUAAAGACAUUGCCGAUUUAGUGUCUAAAAGUUUAGGCCAUAAGCAAAAACAAAAACGAGGAGAAGACGAAAAUGAUCAGAUAAAACAAUCAUUUGGCCCUUCAAAUCUCAUUUCUGCAUUCUUUCGUCUCAUUGGAUUUGAUUCGCAAAAAGUUGCAGCAGUCGCAGUCAAUAGUGUUAUAUUUCUUGCACAGAUGAUAAGCACACUUUUUGGAUUGAAAUCAUCACAAAAUAAUAUCAGCAGAAAUAUAGAUAUAGACAAAGAAUUGACUUGGAAUCCUUUAAAAUUUACUUUGGAAAAUAAAAAUGAAAAGAUCCGAAAUUUAGUCGAUCAAGCAAGAAAUCCAAAUUUACCAAAUCAACUGAUAGCUAGAAUGACUGGUUCUGAUACUGCUUGCAUCAAAUUGUUAUUAUGUAAAUCAUCUCCAGUCAUAAGAGCAGCGCAAAAUUCACUUAAUAAUAAAUCGCAGAGCUAUGUGCAUCGAAUAAUUGGGUGGUUACCAUCUAAAGAGGAAUUUGAAACAAAUAACGAUGAAUGCGAAGAUAAACAUAUCGAUUGUCAUCUAUUUUCGUCACGAUAAUUAGUAUCUUUAAGUAAGGAAGAUUAUAUGCUUCGAAGAUUAACAAUAUCUUUACUAUAUAUUUACGUAAGAAACAAGAUAUUCUCAAUGCGGUAGAUAUUAAUAAAGUAUGUGAGCAAGUA